AUGAUUAUCACCGUUGACAAACCCCUUGUUCAGGAGGACCUGACAGGAGCUGCCAUUGGGUUGCUAAGACUUCAGGACACUUAUCGACUGGAUACGAAAGACCUUGCCGAUGGACGAAUUUACAAUGAUCAAGGAAAUUAUACUUUUACCGCCGGAGACUGUUUCGAAGUAGGCAAGGCAGCAUACCAUGAUGGCGAUUAUUACCAUACAAUCAUGUGGAUGGAAGAAGCAAAGAGGCGACUUGAAGAAGAAGAAGUACCAACAGCGAGUAUCAGCGAGAUUCUCGAGUACCUCUCAUUUUCACUCUAUAAACAAGGAAAUCUCAAACAUGCACUGAAAUUCGUUGAAGAACUCUACAGAAUCGGUUAG